AGAGAAGCAGAGCGCCCUCUGGUGGUUAUUAGUAAACGUCACUGUUCUCUGACGCCUAAGCUGCGCUGCACUGAAAUACAGCAGCAGGACGUGAACUGAAAAAGCGUUUCAGAAUGUCACUGACGAUCAGCAGGGCUGAUGGGGUGACGGUGUACAGCGUCACCUCUAACCACAAAAGUAAAUGGCCACUCAUCUGCCAGAUCCUGGGCACUAUGUGCUACAGCCCCGUGUGCUCUGUGUCUCGGAGACUGAAGCAGCAGCUUGGCUGUGCUCUCACAGCACUGGCGACGAUACAGAUUAUGGUUGGAAUAAUAAAUAUGGGCUUUGGGGCUUUUGAUGCAGCCAUGCGCAAUCCCAGUGAACUUAGUCCUGCUCCCUUGUGGCUCGGUGGCGUGAUGAGUGCCGUUGGUAUCAUGUGUAUUCUAGCAGAAAGGUUUCCAAGCCCAUGUCUGAUUGUCCUGACUGUGGUGAUGAAUAUCACGAGCGCUGCAUUAGCCAUAACGGCCAUAGUGCUUUAUUCAUUGGAAUUGGGAAGGAACUAUUAUUAUUGGUGUGAACCUCCUAAAAGUGAGCAGCAUUUGUAUUCCUGGACGACCCAAUCUACCUUGAAGAGGGAUGAAAUCUUUGAGAAAAAACGAGAGAACUACAGAAUUUGUGAGGAAAGCAGAAAACUUGUGCAGCUCCUCAGACAAAGCAUGGUUGGCAUCCUGAUUGUGUUCGCUGUUCUUCAGCUCUGCGUCACCAUCAGCUGGUGUGUUCUGAGCCUAAAGGCGCUGUGCAAGAAGGAAGCAAACAGACAGGACAUGGAGGAUCCAGAACUACUCAAACCCCUCAUGGAGGAAGUUCCCAAUCCUGUGUGUUAGAAACUCUAAAGGCACCGCAGUUAGACGAGUUACUAUUCCAUAUGUAGUAAAAGUUCAGUAUGUCUACCUAUUGAAACUAUUCUUUAAAUUCGUUUUUUAAGACAAUGAUUUUUUAAGAUGUUACCUUGACAGUUUCGGCAAUAAACUUCCGCCUUCUUCAAACAGUCACCAGAUGUCGAGUGGUGACGUGCCUUAUCAACUGAUGUUAUGCUGAACUACCUGUCAAAUUGGGCGGGACGUUCACGCCUCCGUAGCGUAACAUCAGUUGAUAAGGCACGUCACCACUCGACAUCUGGUGACUGUUUGAAGAAGGCGGAAGUUUAUCGCCGAAACUGUCAAGGUAACAUCUUAAAAAAUCCUUGUCUUAAAAAACGAAUUUAAAGAAGAGUUACUAUUCCGCAAUUUAAACUCAAUUGCAGAUAAAAAAAAAGUCUCCACAUUGUUAUUAAAAUCACUCUUAAUUCAGAUUACUUUUGCUUCCUAUAUUUACACUACAGAUUUGUUUUUGUAAGCACAAUUUCACAGAUUUGAAUAAUUAAUAAAGCAUGUUCACCUGUUAUAUCAACCGGUACUGUAUAUAUGCUUGCUACAACAGAAAUAAAUGUCAAGAAGUACAUCAAAA